UUUUUUUUUUUUUUGGAAAGACAUAAAUCACAUAAUUGCAUAUAUCCUUCUUCUUCCUCUCUCUCCCUCUCUCUCUCUCUCUUUCCAAGUCUCGAACGGAGAAAGAAAGGGGAGUCAUGGUUUCGACGAGACGAAGUGGAUCUCUAUCGGGAAACAACAGCAAGCGAUCUUCGUCCUCCGAAGAGAAGCCUCCGUCGCCAAAGCGUCACAAGGCGGAGACAGGCGGUGCUUCGGAGAAAUCAGCGCUGGCUGCGGAGAAUCCAAAGGAUUUGUGCUCGCCGGCGGCGGAUCCCGCCGACUGUGGUCCCGUGGAUCCUGCAGUUCCUGGAUGCGGCGCCGGGGAUGCUGUGAAUUCUGGAAAGGGAGAGGCGGCGCCGGCGGUCGCGGUGUCGACGCCGAUCGCGGAAGGGAUUCCACCGAUCGUGGUGGAGAAGCCGAAGAGUUCUUUCUCCUCGUGGAGUUUUUGUCAGAAGCAGAACCCUAAUUUCGAAACGGUGAUGCCUUGGUGCAAGCUUCUUUCACAGUCUGCGAUGAAUGCAAAUGUUGUCAUUUCUACAUCGAGUUUCACCAUUGGUUCCAGCAAACACUGCAAUUUCCCAUUGAAAGACCAAACGAUUAGCGCAACUUUAUGCAAGAUCAAGCAUACACAGCGUGAAGGUAUUGCUGUGGCCAUGCUUGAAAGCAUGGGGAGCAAGGGAUCUGUGCAUGUAAAUGGGGCUCUUGUUAAGAAGAAUACCAGUUGUGUCCUUAGUUCCGGGGAUGAAGUAGUUUUUGGAUUGCUAGGGAACCAUGCUUAUAUUUUUCAUCAACUUCUGACUGAGGUUACAAUGAAGGCACCUUCCUCUAUUGGGGGUGCAGAGGCUCAUAAUAGUUUAGGAAGAUAUAUGCUUCAGGAAAGACGGCAGGCAGGGGAUCCUUCUGCUGUGGCUGGGGCAGCUUCUAUUCUCUCAAGUUUGAGACAAGAGUCUUCGCGUUGGAAGCCUCCAGCUCAGACCAAUGGUAAAACCAACCAAGGGAUGGAGCUGUCCACUCACUCUGUUGUUCGUGAUGUUCCGGAGGUCGAGCUUGACGGUCUGGAGUGCAGUUCUGCUCCAAAUGGGGCAUGUGAUAAUGCUGCUGAUAUUGGAGCAACGGGCAAGAACCUUCCUCUCGAUUGCAACCAGGACUCUGGCAUAGAGGCAGGCAAUGUAAAAUUUUCUGGGGUGAAUGAUUUGCUAAGGCCUUUUUUGAGGAUGUUAGCUCCGUCGACUAGUUGUAACCUGGAAUUGAGCAAAAGUAUCUUUAAACAGGUACUGGAGGAAAGAAAUGAGUGGACGAGGGACUCGCAGCCAGCUUCGACAUCAGGUCUCUCUCUGCGAUGUGCUGUGUUCAGGGAAGACAUUCUUGCUGGAAUUCUCGAUGGCAAAGACAUACAAGUUUCAUUUGAUGAUUUCCCAUAUUACUUGAGUGAGAACACAAAAAAUGUGCUGAUUGCAGCCUCAUUUAUACAUCUGAAGCGCAGAGAACAUGCAAAAUACACCUCAGAACUUCCUACUGUGAACCCAAGAAUUCUGCUUUCUGGUCCUGCAGGUUCUGAGAUAUAUCAGGAGAUGUUGGCGAAGGCUCUAGCCAAUCAUUUUGGGGCUAAAUUGCUUAUAUUUGAUAGCCAUUCAUUUUUGGGUGGUUUAUCUUCGAAGGAAGCAGAGCUUCUGAAAGAUGGAUUUGGUACAGAUAAAUCAUCCAAUUUUGCAAAGCAAAGUCCGGGGCCCACUGACUUGGGUAAGAGCAUGGGUCCUCCAGCCGGCGAAGCAGAUGCAGCAUGCUCUUUAAAUGCACCUUCUCUAUGCCUGGAUUCCCAACCAAAGAUGGAGACUGACACUAUGCCUUCUUCUUCUGGAGCUUCUAAGAAUCAAUUGUUUAAAUUCGGUGACCGAGUAAAAUUCACAAGUUCAGCUUACGGCAACUUAUACUCACCAUCAGCGGCAUCUCCUUCAAGGGGUCCAACACAAGGAAUGCGGGGCAAGGUUAUAUUACCUUUUGAAGACAACCCUUCAUCAAAAAUUGGUGUAAGAUUUGAUAAACCCAUAAUUGAUGGGGUUGAUCUCGGGGGUCUCUGUGAAGGGGGUCAUGGAUUCUUCUGCAAUGUUAAUGAUCUUCGUUUGGAAACUUCGGGUGCGGAGGAUCUGGACAAGUUACUUGUUAACACAUUAUUUGAGGCUGUAUUCAGUGAGAGCAGAAGUUCUCCCUUCAUUUUGUUUAUGAAAGAUGCGGAGAAGUGUAUUGUAGGAAAUUCAGAAUCAUAUUCAACAUUUAAAAGCAGGCUUGAAAAGCUACCUGAUAAUGUUGUCAUUAUUGGUUCUCACACGCAUACUGACAAUCGCAAAGAAAAGUCACAUCCCGGUGGCCUGCUGUUCACAAAAUUUGGGAGCAACCAAACUGCUCUUCUCGACUUGGCUUUCCCGGAUAGUUUUGGGAGACUGCAUGACCGGGCAAAGGAUAUUCCAAAGGCAACAAAGCUUCUGACAAAACUCUUUCCCAAUAAAGUGACUAUUCAUAUGCCACAGGACGAGGAACUUCUUGCCUGUUGGAAGAACCAAUUGGAUCGAGAUGCUGAAACACUGAAAAUGAAGGGAAAUCUGAAUAAUCUGCGCACUGUCCUGAGUCGUAGUGGGUUGGAAUGUGAUGGAUUUGAGACCUUAUGCAUCAAGGAUCAAACUCUUACAAAUGAAAGUGCUGAGAAGGUCGUUGGUUGGGCUUUGAGCCACCAUCUAAUGCAGAAUCCUACAGCUAAUGCUGAUGCUGAUGCAAGGCUUGUUCUGUCUAGUGAGAGCAUCCAGUAUGGGAUUGGAAUUCUACAGGCUAUCCAGAAUGAGUCCAAGAGUUUGAAGAAGUCACUCAAGGACAUCGUCACAGAAAAUGAAUUUGAGAAAAGGCUUCUAGCUGAUGUUAUUCCACCCACUGAUAUUGGAGUUACAUUUGAUGACAUUGGAGCCCUUGAAAAUGUCAAAGAUACUUUGAAGGAGUUGGUGAUGCUUCCAUUGCAAAGGCCUGAACUUUUCUGCAAGGGGCAACUAACCAAGCCUUGCAAGGGCAUACUUUUAUUUGGUCCCCCUGGAACAGGGAAAACAAUGCUUGCAAAGGCUGUGGCUACUGAAGCUGGUGCGAAUUUUAUCAACAUAUCAAUGUCAAGCAUCACAUCAAAGUGGUUUGGCGAGGGUGAGAAGUAUGUGAAGGCUGUUUUCUCUCUAGCUAGUAAAAUUGCUCCUAGUGUUGUGUUUGUUGAUGAAGUUGAUAGCAUGCUGGGUCGGAGGGAAAAUCCAGGAGAACAUGAGGCUAUGCGUAAGAUGAAAAACGAAUUUAUGGUUAACUGGGAUGGUUUGCGGACAAAAGAUACAGAGAGAGUUCUUGUACUUGCAGCCACAAAUAGGCCGUUUGACCUUGACGAGGCUGUUAUUAGAAGGUUGACGCGUAGAUUGAUGGUCAAUUUGCCAGAUGCUCCAAACAGAGCAAAGAUCUUAAAAGUGAUACUAGCAAAAGAGGAGUUGUCUUCUGAUGUUGAUCUAGAUGCAGUUGCAAGUAUGACAGAUGGAUACUCUGGGAGUGAUCUUAAGAAUUUAUGCGUAACUGCUGCUCACCGUCCAAUUAGAGAGAUUUUGGAAAAGGAGAAAAAGGAGCGUGCCACAGCAAUCACAGAAGGCAGACCUGCUCCACCCCUGAGUGGUAGUGCUGAUAUUAGGCCUCUGAACAUGGAUGAUUUUAAAUUUGCUCAUGAACGGGUCUGUGCGAGUGUUUCUUCCGAGUCUGCUAACAUGACCGAGCUUCAACAAUGGAAUGAACUCUAUGGUGAAGGGGGUUCCAGAAGGAAGAGGGCUCUCAGCUACUUCAUGUGAAGGCUUGAAUCUGUAUAAAAUGUUUUUAUUUUUUUUUCCCUUACCUCAUUGCUCUACCCUCUCCUCGAGCCCAAGUCAAUGCAACAGAGCUGCUCUCUCAGGCAUGCUGGGGAGUCAUUUUGUCUGUAAUAUGUAGCUUUUUUUCCUUUUUUAAUUUAUAUUCUGUUAGUGCUAGUUUCGGGAUGGUCGGUAUAAAGGCAGUGAGCGAUGCCUUCCGAAGUUUUUGGCAAUUGCCGCAGUGCUACCCCCUUGUUGCCAAAUGUGAAGAGAAUGUGGUUUUAAUGCCCAAAGGAUUGAACUGAAAAAAAAAAGAAAAAAAAGAAAAAAAAAACCCUAGACCCUGUGCAUAUAUUUAAUAGUCAAUUCUUUAUGGUGUUUGUCAGAAUAUAACACAAUAAGCAGUUGUGAUUUGUUCUUUCUUUGUAUUAUUAUUUAUCCGUUUUUAGUUUUUCCA